CGAAACCCGCGUGCACGACACAACUACCGAGGGGGAAGGAAGUUGACAGCUGGUUAAUAUUUAGUGGUGUUGCCUGGUGGUGAGACUGGAGGGACCUUUGUGAACCAGUCAUCUCAUUGUCCUCAGCUUAGAGCGAUGCCACUUUGCAGAAUGAGACCCUUCUCCUGACACAGGGAGGGUACUCCUCCCCCCAACCUUAGCAACCCGGACUCUCUACCUACCUACCUCACCCCUGACCCCCAUUACCUCACCACUGACUAACCCAUAAACCCUCCCCUCUAAUUACUACCUCAACACUCUCCUCUAUGUAAACCUGCUGCUCUUAAACUGCUCUGUCCCCACCCUCCGGAGUAUUACAUUACAUUCAAUACAUCAACAGGGGUAAUUUAAAAAAGCAUUGUCAGUGCCUACUCCCUGGUGUCCAUUUUGUGCCCAGAGUGUAUCCUCAGUAAGGUGCUCUAAGCCUGUGUACUGGCACGUGACGAUGCUGCUGAACUUCGAGUGACGUCCCCACUCUGUGAUGUCAGAGGCUAGAGGAGAGGGGCGGGACCAGAGUGGGAAUCUCUCGUUUGUGGUUGGCUGUGUCGAUGAAGACCACCGAGGCUCAAAAGAAGGAGGAAGAAUAAAGAACGAGGGAGAGAUGCGAAAAGGAGAGGAGGAGGACGAUGACAAGGAUGAUGACUCGAGGCAGAUCGUGGUGGGCAUCUGCUCCAUGAUGAAGAAGUCCAAGUCAAAGCCCAUGACCGAGAUCAUGGAAAGGCUGUGUAAGUUUGAGUACAUCACGGUGGUCAUCUUCCCCGAGGAGGUCAUCCUCAGCCAGCCCGUGGACAAAUGGCCCCUGUGUGACUGCCUCGUCUCCUUCCACUCCAAAGGUUUCCCAUUGGACAAAGCGGUAGAGUACGCCAAACUCAGAAACCCGCUUCUCAUCAAUGACCUGAACAUGCAGUACUACAUACAAGACAGGAGGGAGGUGUAUCGUAUCUUGCAGGAGGAGGGCAUUGAUCUUCCUCGUUACGCUGUGUUAACCCGAGACCCAGACAGACCUGAAGAGUGUAACCUGGUGGAGGGGGAGGAUCAUGUGGAGGUGAACGGGGAGGUGUUCCCCAAGCCCUUUGUGGAGAAGCCUGUGAGUGCUGAGGACCAUAACGUUUACGUCUACUACCCCACCUCAGCUGGAGGAGGCAGCCAGAGACUCUUCCGCAAGAUAGGGAGCCGCAGCAGUGUGUACUCCCCAGAGAGCUGUGUGAGGAAGACUGGCUCCUACAUAUACGAGGAGUUCAUGCCAACGGACGGCACUGAUGUCAAGGUGUACACAGUGGGCCCUGACUAUGCCCAUGCUGAGGCCAGGAAGUCCCCAGCCCUGGACGGUAAGGUGGAGAGGGACAGCGAGGGGAAAGAGAUCCGCUACCCUGUCAUGCUCUCCGCCAUGGAGAAACUGGUGGCCCGCAAGGUCUGCCUGGCCUUCAAGCAAACUGUGUGUGGCUUCGACCUCUUGAGAGCAAACGGCCACUCCUUCGUCUGUGACGUCAACGGCUUCAGCUUCGUGAAGAACUCCAUGAAGUACUAUGACGACUGUGCCAAGGUCUUGGGGAACAUGGUGAUGCGAGAGCUGGCCUCUCAGUUCCACAUCCCCUGGUCCAUCCCCCUGGAGGCUGAGGACAUACCCAUAGUCCCCACCACCUCAGGAACCAUGAUGGAGCUGCGCUGUGUCAUCGCCAUCAUCCGCCACGGAGACCGCACCCCCAAACAGAAGAUGAAGAUGGAAGUCCGACACCCUCUAUUCUUUGCGCUGUUUGAAAAGUAUGGAGGCUACAAGUCAGGGAAACUGAAGUUGAAGAAACCCAAACAGCUACAGGAAGUGCUGGACAUUGCCCGGCUCCUACUGGCUGAGUUGGGACAGCACACAGACUGUGAGAUCGAGGAGAAGAAGGGUAAACUGGAGCAGCUCAAGACAGUCCUAGAGAUGUACGGCCAUUUCUCAGGCAUCAACAGGAAGGUGCAGCUCACCUACCUGCCCAACGGACAGCCCAAAGCCUCCAGUGAGGAAGAAGAGUGUCCAACAGAGGGUCCGUCUCUGCUGCUGGUGUUGAAGUGGGGCGGGGAGCUGACCCCGGCAGGCAGGGUACAGGCUGAGGAGCUGGGCAGGGCCUUCCGCUGCAUGUACCCUGGAGGACAAGGGGACUACGCUGGUUUCCCUGGCUGUGGUCUGCUCCGUUUACACAGCACCUACCGCCACGACCUCAAGAUCUACGCCUCAGACGAAGGCCGUGUUCAGAUGACCGCUGCCGCUUUUGCCAAGGGUCUGCUGGCUCUGGAGGGGGAGCUGACUCCCAUCCUGGUGCAGAUGGUGAAGAGUGCCAACAUGAACGGCAUGCUGGACAGUGACAGCGAGUCUCUGACCGACUGCCAGCAGAGGGUGAAGGUACGGCUCCAUGAGAUCAUGCAGAAAGACCAGGACUUCACUGAGGCCGACUACCAGAAGCUGGCCCCUACAGGCAGCCCCUCCCUGGUCACCUCUAUGAAGACCAUAGUGAACCCUGUGAGGACGUGUGAUCAGGUCUACGCCCUCAUCCAGAGACUCACCUCCCAGAUCCGCAGGAGGCUGGAGGACCCCAAAUCUGCAGACCUGCAGCUGUACCACAGUGAGACCCUGGAGCUGAUGCUGCAACGCUGGUCCAAGCUGGAAAGGGACUUCCGGAAUAAGAGCGGUCGCUAUGACAUCAGUAAGAUCCCAGACAUCUACGACUGUGUGAAGUACGACACGCAGCACAACGCCACGCUGGACCUAGAGGACACACUGGAGUUGUUCAGGCUGUCCCGAGCCCUGGCCGACAUCGUCAUACCUCAGGAGUAUGGCAUCAAUAAGGCAGAGAAGAUGGACAUUGCCCAGGCCUACUGCCUUCCCCUGAUGAAGAAGAUUCAGCUGGACCUGCAGAGGACCCACGAGGACGAGGCCGUCAAUAAGCUGCACCCGCUGUAUUCGCGGGGGGUCAUGUCUCCGGGGCGCCACGUCAGGACCCGUCUCUAUUUCACCAGCGAAAGCCACGUCCACUCACUGCUCAGCAUCUUCCGCUACGGGGGAUUACUGGACGAAGUGAAGGACCAGCAGUGGAAACAGGCCAUGGAUUACCUCAGCGCCGUCUCUGAACUCAACUACAUGACCCAGAUAGUCAUCAUGCUGUAUGAGGAUAACAACAAGGACCCUGGGUCAGAGGAGCGUUUCCACGUGGAGCUCCACUUCAGUCCUGGGGUGAAGGGCUGUGAGGACGAGGAGAACGUCCCUCUGGGCUUUGGCUUCCGCCCAGCCUCCGCUGAGAACCAGGAGAAGCAGACCAACCAAGGCAGUCUGGAGGACCUAUCACAGGACGAGACUGACCGGGCCCUGUCGCUCUCUGAGCCAAUCAGCAUCAAAAGAUCCCUCAUGAUCCGCAACCGCAAGACUGGCUCCAUGGAGGUCCUCUCCGAGACCUUGCCCACCUCCUCCAAGGGCACCUCCUAUCGCCUCUUCCCCUCAUGCUCGUGCCAGUCCCCCGAGAUUAAACAGACUGGCCUAGAGCUCUUCUCUAUGCCGGCAGUAAAGAGAUUUUCUGUGUCGUUUGCCAGGCAUCCGACUAAUGGCUUUGAAGGCUGCUCCAUGGUGCCCUCUAUCUACCCGCUGGAGACAUUGCACAACUCACUGUCCCUCAAGCAGGUGGACAAGUUUCUCAAUGCCGUGUGUGAGCAUAGCAGCGAUGCCCACGCCAAGACCAUGAAAGCUCUCUCUGCCUUGUUCGACACGUCGAGUCAGGGGUACAGCCAGACACACAUCUACCCCCACCCACCGAAAGCUCUGUCCUCCUCAGAAACUCCUGUCCGUUCCCCCGAAUGCCCACUUUGGUACAGCAGUGGCCCCUCUAGCACAGUGUUCAGUGGAAGGUCCUCUUCCCCCACCUCAGUGAACCCAGACAUACAUUUCAGCUUCAGUGAGUAGACCACAGCCCCCUCACUGGAUCCCACAGAGAAACUAGAGGACAACACAACACCUGGAUCCACUCCCUAUUAAUCCAUCCACCCACCAUCUAUUCAUCUGUCCACCCACCCAGCCAUUCAUCCAUCCACACUAUGACUUCUACCCGCCUGUGAGUGCUUUCAAACUAAUCACAGUCACAUAUAGUGCUGGACCCUAAGGACCGCCCAGUCUCAUUUUGUGGACAAAAACAAACCAAAACCCACUAGCCCCUCCCCUCAGGCGGAUGUGUGUCCAACCAACACUCUGCCCCAGUUGAGCAACAGCGAGGGGAGCCUAUCCCCAGGCUCCUUUGCAGUGUAUAGACGGGCCUGAGGCGGGACGGAUCCCUGCCAUCUGUCCCAGAUUCAGACUGCUGUCCUGCUGUCUGUCCCAGAUUCAGACUGCUGUCCUGCCGUCUGUCCCGGAUUCAGACUGCUGUCCUGCUGUCUGUCCCGGAUUCAGACUGCUGUCCUGCUGUCUGUCCCAGAUUCAGACUGCUGUCCUGCUGUCUGUCCCAGAUUCAGACUGCUGUCCUGCCGUCCUGCUGUCCCAGAUUCAGACUGCUGUCCUGCAGUCUGUCCCAGAUUCAGACUGCUGUCCUGCUGUCUGUCCCAGAUUCAGACUGCUGUCCUGCUGUCUGUCCCAGAUUCAGACUGCUGUCCUGCUGUCUGUCCCAGAUUCAGACUGCUGUCCUGCUGUCUGUCCCAGAUUCAGACUGCUGUCCUGCCGUCCUGCUGUCCCAGAUUCAGACUGCUGUCCUGCAGUCUGUCCCAGAUUCAGACUGCUGUCCUGCUGUCUGUCCCAGAUUCAGACUGCUGUCCUGCUGUCUGUCCCAGAUUCAGACUGCUGUCCUGCUGUCUGUCCCAGAUUCAGACUGCUGUCCUGCCGUCUGUCCCAGAUUCAGACUGCUGUCCUGCCGUCUGUCCCGGAUUCAGACUGCUGUCCUGCUGUCUGUCCCAGAUUCAGACUGCUGUCCUGCUGUCUGUCCCGGAUUCAGACUGUGGCUGCUGAUUAGAGACGAUGGGAGAAACAGGAGCUGAUUAUUUCCAUGCUUCAUCCAAAUCCUAUUCUAUAUGGAACAGCACACACAAAAUGUGCCGGUGCACGAGUACCUCCUCUCUCAGAGGAGGGAGGCAGGUUCAGAAUGUUCUGCCUUUUCAUUCAGGGCUGACCAUAUUCUUUGGAACACAGAGAUAGUUGAGCCAGUUGAUUAAAUAUGGACUAUUUUCUCCAGUUUUGUUAGUGUUGUCCCUUUUAUUUUUUUGUAUACUGUUUGGGUUUCCGUACUUUACAUGAUUUUGGGGGAAAGGGUAGAAUACAAUGGGGAUACUAUUUCCUGUCAUUGUCUACACAGCAUUUUCAUACCACUUUGUCUCAAAAUAACAACUCCUUCUAUACACAUACUGGUUAUGUUUUAAGUGUAAAAGAUAUUUCAUACACCUCCUUCAACCUACCAAACAUAUAAACAAUACACGUGCCUCAGCUCCCUUACAACGAGAAUCAGUGUUACUGAAUCUAAUUCUUUUACAGUGUUUCAAGGGUAAACCACUCCAGAGGAAGUAGCUGACUGUAUUUUAGGCUACUUCAGUCUGUACUGGAUCCAGUCCUCAUACUAGUUUAAACAUGUCUGCUGUUUUGCCAUAGUUCAGUGUUUAAUAUGAAUUUAAACGAUUCUAUAUCAUAUGUUGUAAUGUAUAUUAUUUUGUCAUCCGUGUUGCACCUGAGAGGAUAAUAAACGUAUAUUGAAUGUAAUGUAAUUAGGGCUAAACAAUCAAAUAAAAAUGAGAUGGGAGGGAUCCGUUAAAUCGUUUUUACAGAACAUAUCGUUAUGAAUACAACUUCGUACAAAACAUAUCGUUAUGAAUACAACUUCGUACAAAACAUAUCGUUAUGAAUACAACUUCGUACAACUUCGUACAAAACAUAUCGUUAUGAAUACAACUUCGUACAAAACAUAUCGUUAUGAA